GUUUUCGCGGCUGUGAGCGAAAGUUGGAUAUCAAAAUUUGAGGCGGUUUUUGGUUCUCACUGCGGUCUCUUUAAAAAUUCUCAAAAAAGGCGUACUCAGAUAUUUUCAAGUUUGCUUAAGGAUGAGGUUAAUUGGAUAAUUUCUCCACAUAUAAUCCUCCUUGACUACUCGCUGCUGCUGAUUUCACUUUUGUUUACCAGAGAUUGUGUGUUUUUGUUUUUUUGUUAUCUUUGAUUUUGUGUUGUUUUUAGGGUGUUUGAGAAUGGGUGAGGUUGGAACGGAGAUGGAGUUGGUAAUGGUGGAGGAGGAGGAGGAGGAGAAAAUGGAUGGAUCGUCGGAGGUGGUACGGUGGGAGCGGUUCCUUCCUAGGAUGGUGCUCAGGGUUCUCUUGGUUGAAGCGGAUGACUCCACUCGUCAGAUUAUCACCGCACUUCUUCGAAAAUGCAGUUACAAAGUUGCUGCUGUUCCUGAUGGAUUAAUGGCAUGGGAGACUUUGAAGGGUCGGCCACAUAACAUAGAUCUCAUACUGACUGAAGUGGAGUUGCCUUCUAUAUCUGGAUUUGCGCUUCUUACAUUGGUCAUGGAGCAUGAUAUUUGCAAAAAUAUUCCUGUUAUAAUGAUGUCGUCGCAGUAUUCGAUUAGUAUGGUCUUAAAAUGCAUGUUAAAAGGUGCAGCUGACUUUCUCAUAAAGCCUGUUCGUAGGAAUGAGCUGAGGAAUCUCUGGCAGCACGUUUGGAGAAGACAUAUGCUAGCUGGUGGAGGUGCUCCUCAAAGCCUACCUGGUCUGCAGCACAAGGUUGAAGCUACUGCUGAAAACAAUACUGAGAGCAACCAUUCAAGUGAUUAUGCAUCCUCUUCACAGAAAAAUAAAGAAGGAAGCAAAGGAAGUGGGACUCAAAGCUCUUGUACAACACCUUACUUGGAAGCUGAGAGUACCUACAUGCAAAAUAUGCAGGAUCUUUCACAGAUGAAGUGUGCAAGUAUCAAUUCCGGCAAUGCAGCCAUAGAGCAGCAAAAGAAUGGCAUCAAACUGGAUGAAAAAUCACUUAUGCCUGAGAAUCAAACUAAAGAGGGGACAUUUUAUGAGCUAUUUGUUUCGGAGAAGUCAAAUAGGUCAGGAGCUGAGGUUGCUCGUUGUAAUGAAGCUUCUAAGCCAGAUGCAUUUAAAGUGGAUGAAGACCGUCCUGUUGCUAAGGUGGUACCUCAGGCUCAGCAUAAAAGUAUUGGACGAGAAAGCAGUAGAGGAAUUCCUAAUGUUACUGUUAGCACUCAUUGCCGUAAUGAGGAACCAUAUGAACCGCUGACUAGAGCUAUUGAUUUGAUUGGUUCAUUUGAUAAUGGACCAAAGGGUACUGAACUUUUUAGAUCAAAUGACAGCAGAAGCAGGUCUGAAAUUGCUCCACAGUUGGAACUUUCUCUGAGAAGAUCCUCAGAAAGGCAUGCCCUUAACCAUUCAGAUGCAUCAGCCUUUUCAUGGUAUAAUAAUGGUAAGACGAUACAACCCCUAUUUGCAACUCUAACUAGUAACUGCACUGGGUUGAAAGAGGGUGCAAAUAAAUCACCUGAACAAUUGUCCAGUAAUCUCCUGGAAAAACCCAUGGAUACUCCUCAAGCUCAUGCUGCAGUUGGUCAGUGUGGACAAUCUAAACUAUUGUUUUCGAGUCCUCAAUUUGGGGUUGUUCCUGUUCCAGGGGCUAAAUUGGAUAAUGGGUGUGACGGAUAUGGUCAUGGUUUCACACCUGUAGAUCAUACUCAAUCUGGUUCACCCCCUUCAAUGAGCCCCAAACUAGGUGGACGGCAAGAUCCUUCUAGUUUUCCUGUGAGCACCUCAGUGCAUUCAAAUCCUGAUAUUCAUGACUCAGAACAAGGUUACCAUCAGUCUGAUGAAACUGCCAAUUGUGCUAUUGACCAAAGUGUCUAUGAGCUGAAAAAUCAGGAAUCUGUUGGGGAACCAAGGUCGAGCUCCCCUGCUGCUGGUCAGAGUGCUUGCAGUAGUUUAUGUAAUGGUGCCAUGAAUCAUGAAAGCAGCAGUGCAUAUGGAGGUGUUUCCAGUAGGAGUGAUGCAAGCUGCCACGAUAAGGUUACUGCUAUAGAGGGUGUCAACGGCAGCAAUAUCUACGUUCAUGAUGGAGUAUCUAAAGGGAUGGAUUCUCAUCGCUCCAGCCAAAGGGAAGCAGCUUUGACAAAGUUCCGACUGAAGCGGAAGGAUCGAUGCUUUGAGAAAAAGGUUCGAUACCAAAGCCGAAAAAGACUAGCAGAACAGCGUCCCCGGGUGAGAGGACAAUUUGUUCGUCAAGUGCAGAAUGACACACUUUAGCUGGCGAUGCUGAUGGUUCUAAACCGUGAUAAAUGACAAUCUGUUUAUUUAAUUUUCUGUUGUGAGCAGGUGUUAGAGAAUUCCGUUAAGUCAGGUAGAAGUAGGAAUGUAGGUUAGGUGCUUGUUUAUUUGGUGUGGUCAUGGGUUAUAUAUGACAUAAUUUUUUGAAUCCAACUGAAAGAGGUAGCAUUGUAAUUAAAUAGUGAGGUAGCGUUUUUUAUAUAUUGUUGAUGAUAGUAUGUUUGAUUAAUGACUGACUGAUUAUAGGCAUGUAGGCAGGCAGGUUGAUUAAUUGUAGUACCUUGUUUCAAAAACUUAAAACAGAUCAAUGCAUUGCAUUCUACUCCGCACCAAAGUUACUUCUCUGUUAGUCUGCUAUAGAGUGAAGAAUUUCAGGGUGUGAGUCCUAGUGGCGUAACAAAAUGCCAGGGUUUUCACAUGAUGGUGUGGGAUGGGAUCCUGAGCAUUAGCAAAAGUAGCCCUCGAGAUCUGACAAGGCAACAGCCAAUCGUGGGCAAGCAUGUAGAAGGGGCAAAACACAGCCACGUACUUUGUCAUGCAACCAACCAUGUUGGUAGAGAGCUAAGAGCUUAUCCAAAUAUCGGUGGUAGGCACUGCCUCUGCUAAUUUUUAAGAAGCUGGAUUCAGUUUCAUGUCUUCUAAGGGUUCCCCAUAUCUGGCUCCCAAAGUUAGAACAGAGGAAAGAAAAUAAAGAGAUUUUGUCCUU